AUGACCCAACGCGGCGCCCCUCGUGAACCGACGAACAACAACAACGACGACGACGACAACAACACUACGGGCAUUUCUCCGUUCACGGAUAGAAAAGAAAGCAUUGGAGCGGCGCUCCUAGUCCACCAUCGCGGCGACGAGACUGCUGUCGAAGCACGGAGGCGGCGAAGGACCAGGCUUCGGAAUGACGCCGCAUUCUGGCUCUUGGGGCUGAUCAACAACUCGUCGUAUGUGAUAAUGAUGGCGGUCGCCAAGGAAAUUGCUCCAGACGCGGUCGGGGUAGUGUUCUUCGCCGAUGUUGCCCCGACGAUGGUCAUCAAGGUGACGGCGCCAUAUUGGUUUCACCUCGUGCCGUACAGCGCGCGAGUGUGGGCGUGCACCAUGCUGCUGGUGCUGUCACUGGUCACGGUCGGGUACGGGGAAUCCACAAGGGUCCAGCUGUUAGGGGUCUGCUUUUCGUCCCUCCAGGCGGGUCUAGGCGAGUCGUCCUUCCUCGCGCUUGCGUCCUUCUACGACACGCCGCGGGCCUUGACGGCCUGGUCGAGCGGCACCGGUUUCGCGGGAAUCUUCGGCUACGCCUGGGUCUUCGCCUUGACGUUCGUUCUCGGGCUGUCGUUCCGCGCCACGCUCAUGAUGGCCAACCUUUUGGGCUUGGUAUUUUUGUACGCCUACUUCAAGCUGCUGUCCGCUCCACGCAGCGGCACGCUUCGGAACGGUAGCAGCAGUUUACAGACGCGCAGGGGCAACAGGGCUGCUGCUCCUGAUACUUAUUCGCCGAUUCCAUCCUCGCAGCGAUCACCCCCGCCCAGCCCGUCGCUUAACGGUCCAAGUGGUGGGGGGGGCGCGGAGUUGUUCUCCAGCAACAUCGAGCACGGAAGCAGGGAAGAAGAUGGGGGAUGGGGGUUGGGAGAGGGAAGGGGUGGGGGGGCGUUGGACGUGGAACUGGUGCCGACCGCAUCGGUUCGUGCGCCAGAGAUGACGGUGGGACAGCGCCUGUGUUUCACCAUUUCCCUCUGGCGCUUCACGGUGCCUCUGAUGCUUGUAUAUUUUGCAGAGUACACGAUGCAAACGGGCACGUGGAGCGCCAUCGGGUUUCCGGUCUCUUCGAUCGCCGCCCGGGAGCGGUUCUACGAGUACGCCAAUUGGUGCUACCAGGGGGGCGUCUUCGUGUCUCGCUCGUCGGGGAUGGUGGUCCGCCUCUCGCCGCUGAUGCUGUGGUCCCUACCGGCGGUCCAGGUGUUGAUGCUGCUCUUCUUUUACCUCGUCGCCGUGGAGAAGUUCUGGUACGGGUACGGUCUCCUGUUUCUAUGCUUCGGGGUGGGGCUCGUGGGAGGGCUAGGGUACGUCAACGCUUUCAGAUUAGUGGCGGAGGCGGUGCCCCCCGAGCUGAAGGAGCUCGCUCUAGCGGCGGCUUCCGUGGGGGACUCGUUCGGGGUGAUGUUUUCCGACAUUUUUGGAACGUUCGUGCAGGCAUGUGUGUACAAGAAGAAUGGCAUUCCCGGAGCGUGGGCAUCGUGCUGAUUGCAGGCGCUUUGGUUUUUGGUGUUCGGUAGUAGGUGGAGCACUGUGUUGUCGUUUUCAGGGGAGUCUUGCCUGGUGUUGAUCGCUCAGGGUGAUGGGAGAUAACGCUAUCACCUGAAGGCGAAGCGGUGCGAUUGGCGAUCAUUUAAUAGCUCGCCAUUUUUACGAACAUGUUAAGGGUUCACAGCUGCGCCCAUGGGGUCGCCCCCGUGAUCGUGGUAUCCUCACGUCCUUUGGACGUGGGACUGUUUUGAAUGCUCGUGUCUGUGUUAGUGUACAACAAGACUCGUCUUUGAGUUCGACUACCUUAGGGUCCAUAUUUUUUAUUUACCUUUCUUAAGGUAGGUUUGCCUGUGACCACGGGAAUCGACCGCGUGAGUGUUAGAUCAGUAGGGACAGAUGAAGGUACCCGGUGCAGAGAUCGGAACGGUUUUUAGUGUGAAGACAACAACAACACACAACUGACAGGAACGGAUGCCCUUUGAGUCCUUCUCGCGAACAAAUCCAGGCAUGCAUGGCAGAAAUGAGUUCUUUUUGUGUGAAGCCGGGCCGCAACUGCGAGUGACGGUUAGAUUGGAUGGUUUAAUGUUGGGGCGAAAGUAUGUCUCGGUCGUUCACAGGAAUUUGCUUGUUGUGGAGGCACACGUAACUCCUAUACCACGCAUCAGGUA